CUGCCUCUAGAUGGCGCUGCUUGCUUGUUAGCUCUCGGAUGUGAAGAACAGACGCAGCAGAAAGCUAAAGCUAUGGCUCCAUCAACACAUCCUGCAGAGUUUGAGCAGCCGUGAAGUUGUUGUAACUCAAUAAGAAGGGGAGCCCAGCUUCGUGUUUCCAUGGCCGGCGGCUGAUGGGGGAAGCGAUGCGGCACCACUGGCUGCUCCUCGGGGCCUGCGGCUGGGUGCUGCUCAUCCUGAUGUUUGUCAGCAAGUUCAUCACCUUCAGAGCUGUGGAUGACUAUGGAGAGAGGGUUGGGGGUCAGAGCUGGACAGUGCCAGGCACCAAGAUGAUAAGACCAUUUCCUGUUUCCAUUCUAGAGAAACCAGCUCCAAAGCCAUCUGAUCAGUCCUCAGCGGUACCCACAGGGACAGAUUGGCAGUCGGAGGUUGAGAGGCGCAGCGAUCUGCUCUCCUCCGUGUGUAAGAACAGCAGCCUCCGGAAUCUGACUCACGUCUCCAUCAGCAAAUUCGUCCUGGACCGCAUCUUUGUCUGCGACAAGCGCAAGAUCCUGUUCUGCCAGACGCCUAAAGUGGGCAACACACAGUGGAAGAAGGUCCUCAUUGUGCUCAAUGGAGCGUUCCCCACCGUGGAGGAGAUCCCAGAAAACCUUGUUCAUGACCAUGACAAGAACGGCCUGCCCCGCCUAUCAUCACUCAAGCCACAGGAAAUUACUCACAGAUUAAGCACUUACUUCAAGUUCUUCAUCGUGAGAGACCCCUUUGAGCGGCUGAUCUCUGCGUUCAAGGACAAGUUUGUGAAGAACCCACGCUUCGAGCCUUGGUACAAGCAUGACAUUGCCCCGGCCAUCAUCCGUAAGUACCGCAAGAGCCACCGCGACAACGAGCUCUCCGCUUCCGGCCUGCACUUUGAGGACUUUGUCCGUUACUUGGGCGACUCGGACGGCCGCCACCGCAUGGACCGUCAGUUCGGCGAGCACAUCAUUCACUGGGUGACUUACGCGGAGUUGUGCGCGCCUUGCGAAAUACACUACAACGUGGUGGGCCACCAUGAGACACUGGAGCAAGACGCCCCUCACAUCCUCAAAGCAGCGGGCAUCGACCAACUGGUGUCCUACCCCGCCAUCCCUCCAGGCAUCACCCGCUACAACAGGACGAAGGUGGAGCGCUACUUCUCAGGCAUCAGUAAGCGCGACGUCAGGCGUCUGUACUCGCGUUACCAAGGGGACUUCAACCUUUUUGGUUACCCGGGCCCAGACUUUCUACUGAACUAAAACGAUUAACACUGACUAAAAGACAUGUUUGCAUAGAAAAUCCCCCCUUGGUUUACUGAGACAGAGGUGUAUUGUAGCGGAUUGUGUGCCAGUGGCAGACCUUAAAAGCUGAAAGAGGGUACAUAGUAGUGUUUUUAUCUUAGGAAUGACUGACAGGUUUUACCAUUGUUUGCUGUAUUUGCAAUGACUGGCAAAAGAAGCGAUCGUUGUGUGAGAGAUCAUACAGGUAUACACACUUAUAUUUAAUGCUCAUUAAUGAUUUAUCCUCAUAUGUCAAAGAGAAGUACUCCGUAAUGCCAGGGAUACAGGCCCGUUACCCUGUAAUGUAGCUACUAUAUACUGCACUGUUUGGAGCACCAGUUACAAUGGUGUGCGUUUGACAUGCGGUGUGUUUUCUGUACUCCUUGCUAUCAUGCUGGACAGUCUUGUUUCAGGGAUGCUAACAUAGAGAGCAAACUGCAAAAAUAUAAUGGAAGGAAUUGGACAUCAAUAUUUUUCAUUGAUGUUUUUAGGAGUUACAAAUUGCCAUUAACUUUAUUUUUUUAACCGUUGCUUUAUGCAAGGCCUAUUAUUGUCUUGUAAUUCAGUGAAUCAGUCGUCAUAUGAAGACCUUGGUCCCGCCCUUAUCCAUACCGUAGCCAUCGUUCUGCCUUUACUGAAACUACUACAUGCUUCUGACUCCAUUUACUCAGCUGUUUACUGCACUGACGUUGAAGGACACAGGCACUGGAUUUUAAAGGAUCAUUUUUUUAUCAGAAGUGUACCGUGUAAAUGUUCUUAACAUGACUUGCAACUCAACAUUUGUAUUACAUGUUGCUAUUUAUAAUAUUAUUAACCUGACAGAGCUGCCUCCCUGCAACCGACUGGUGACUUUUUGGACAGGCGGUCAUAAUACAAGGACAACACUAGUUAGUAAUAAAGGUUGUAUUUAAAACAAA